UUGCUCUCAUACUCCCCCCAAAUUUUCCCUGCAGAGGGACGCACAUGCUUGUGACGUCCUGUGGGCUACAGGGCAGGACCCAAUGGUUUGUCAAUGAAAGGUGUUGCAAGAGUCAUCAACCUGCAGCGAAUACAAUAAAGGAGAAGGUGAGCCAGGCAGGCUGGUUACUGCAGUGUAUUGUUUCAGUCACCUUCAGAAGUGAGACUGCAAAGGGGAAAUAGCCUCCCCUUCAAGAAAGGAUCCAUUGAAAGCUUCCAGGUGACACUUUGGACUUCCUCCUUGCCCCCCAAAAUGUACUCUUGCCUGAGAGAGUGAAACACGAGCAGUGUUUGGCAAAAAUCUGUCUGGACUUCUAUUUGCUGCCUCCCAGCCAGAACAUGCCUAGAGAAUGAAGAGGCACGUGCAAGCUCGGGGACAAGGCUUUCCUGGCAAGCUGCUCCGUGGUCUGGUUGUUACUGCCAGUCUUUUCCUGCUCUCAGAAACCAGUUCUUUGCGAGGGAAAAAGCUGGAUGUAUCGUGGAAGUAUCAGAAGUAUAUAUCCCUGGCCAGUGCCAGCAUCCCCCAGCUCUGCCAGUUCACUGUGUGCAUUGAUCUAAACAGGACUACAAAUGUCAGCGUUUGGACAGCUUUUUCAUACGAUAUAAGCAACAACUCCACCAACACCCAUGAUGCAGAGCUCGGGCUCUCCGGAGAAAACAAGCAUCUGAAGUUGUAUCUCUUUGGCACCACCAGAGAAAUCAAGCUUGACUUAACUCUUUUUGAAUGGCAUAGUGUGUGCUGCACGUGGGACAGCAAGGAGGGGCUGCUGCAGGUCUACAACAAUGGGCAGCACUUGGAGAAGGAGGCCAUGAACAGUACCAAGUGCCUGAGGCCGAAGGGCAGCUUGAUGCUGGGGUAUUUGCACAAAAACCAGGGAGGCUCCAUCAUUGUGCAGGUGAACACCGGCUUUCUCGGCAACCUGUACUACUUCCAAAUGUGGGACAGGGUCUUGAAGCAGGAGGAGCUAAUGAACUGCUCCCAGGGAAACGUCGUUAGCUGGAACACAGAGUAUUGGGACUUGGACAACAUCAUUCCACUCACCGACCAUCACCUGCGCUGCGCAAAGUCCUGGGAAGGAUCACCCUCAACAACUGCUGCUACAUUAGCUCCACCAUCUCCAGCUAAAACUACUAGUGGUAUCACUCUAAUUACCUUCUACAACAUUCAGGUGAACUUUUCUGUUACCCAUGAACCCCAGACACCUCCUGAUUAUUAUGAUGUAAGGAACGUUACUGAAACCUGGCUUAAUGACAGAUUGUCUGGCACUGAAUUUGUUGUUACAAAUUACAAGAUAAAGACAGUAGGCAGGGCUUUGACAGAAGGACGUGUCCAGAAGAAGGCUCAGGUACAUAUGAAACAAGAAGUCAACUUGUCUUCAGAUACCAAAAUCCACCACAACAUGCUUUUCCUUACCUUUCCUCUUAAGGUAUUUUAG